AUGGACGAUGGUAGUUUGCUUCAUUUGGAUUUUUCUACUGCUAAACCGGAUUUUGGUGAAUGCGCUCACUCAAAAUAUAUGGAUUGUCAAACUCCAGCUGCUCAAGACCGCCUUCUUUAUCAGAACACCAAACAUCUGCAGAUCGAAAAUUUGGAGGAUGGCAUUGUCGUCUACUCACACGACUUGACGAAUUUCCACAACCAUACAGCGGCCGCCUUUCAGAAUAUUAACCUAUCGUCAACCUACAACUUUUAUCCACGCGGGUUCUCUUGUGAAAUAAUCGUACAGAGUCCGUUGAAAAGCGCCAAAAUUAUGCUCAGAAUUGAAAGUUUCUACAUUCCUUCAAACACCGAUGAUUGCGUGGAUAACUACCUGUAUGUUUUCGACUCCAAUACAGCGAAAGCAAAAGCCAUGCCGGAAGCCGGAGGCGAACGUGGUCUUUGUGGAGCCACCUAUCCACGUUUCCCGAUUUUUACGACGAACCCCUACAUUUGUAUAGCAUUCCACACGUCUGGGAUUCGUCCCCCGACAACCUCAAAUCAGCACCCCGGCUUUCGUCUGAUCCUCACUGCAAUCCAGGAAACAACAACUCAGAGCUGUUCGUCAGGAAGCUUCUAUUGUGGUAAUCGCCCUAGUCUCGUUCGAAGUACCAUGGAUACUGGUUCCACUCUUUUCACGGACCGACGCCCAUACAGUGCUCUUCUAGGAAGUUCAUCCUCUAAACAACGUGGAUCGGAAGUCAGCUCCGGGCUAUCGGCGGAACAGACUGUCGGUGCACAACGGCAACAACCCGGUCUAGGUUACUGCAUUUCUCUUCGAACCGUCUGUGAUGGUGUCUCUAACUGUGCUGACGGUCGAGACGAAACUCCCGAACACUGUCAUCGACGGGGACUAACUGAUGCUGAAUGGAUUGAAGAGGAUGUACAAGCCGUCGGUGGUCUUUCUGGGCUACUAUCACUCGGAAUCCCAGCCUCCAUCGCCAUUGCCCACUAUUGUCACGUUUACCAUUGGGAUCGGAGCCGUGGUUUGCUGUUGUCAUCGGUGUUGUCGGUCUUCGCCAUUGCCGUUAGCACUAUUGUCACGUUUACCAUUGGGAUCGGAGCCGUGGUUUGCUGUUGUCAUCGGUGUUGUCGGUCUUCCCCCACACGCGUGAGUCGCUACCCGCGGAUUACGGGCAAUUCAUUCUCAAGACAGUUUGAUCUUGCAGUCGCGAGUGGAACGACCUACCACAGCCGGAGUGGUCUCAACGAAUCCGGAGCAACAUCACGUCAGCUGAGUCGCUUUAUCAACCCCGGUGAGGCAAACUUCCCGUCUCCGCUGAACGGUACUCAACACGGACACUUGUCGCCACCUUACAAUCAUCCGGGCGUUGCAUCCUUACAUUGUGGCAAUACACAAUCCGGACACCUCCGUUCGGGUAAUAUUUCUCAGGGUGACAAGCCACCUCAAGAACUGCUCACUCGAGUUGGUCCAAAAAUACCGUAUUCUGAUGGAGGCGAACGUUCUACGGGUGCUCCGUCCGCAGCGGACAUGUCUAUCGGACCACAACAUCAGCUUCACAGACCAAUCGCCUACUCGUCCGUCGCGGGCAGUGACUCAUACUCGUCGAUCCAUGGAAAUAUUACAAUGGGCUGUACACCCUACCGCACCCCUCCGGGUCCUCCGCCUGCAUUGAUUCCUGGAGCCAUGGGUAGUCCAAUUGCAUAUCGACGAGUGCAGGUUUAUUCGCAACAUUCCACUCCUAUAUGUAGUCCUGACGAACGUGUUUUGGAUGGCUCAUUAGAGCGUGAAUUUACUGACCGCAGGGUCCGUGGUACGAACCCGACUUCUGUCUCUCGAUUUCUCCUGUCCAGGUUUUGGCAACCUGACAUUAUCCCAGCCCUCAUAUUUUUUCGGAUCAAAUGGCAGUCAGACACCGACAGGGUGCUGGGCGGAUCUAUUCGAUUUGGUGUGAACCAAAGUUUUGUAAUUAAGCAAAGUAAGGAACUACCCCGCGGAAUCCACUGUCGAUCAGUGAUAUUGUCGUCUUCACUUGCUCAUCUUUUUCAGUUUACUUGUAGUGCAGGUUUAGUCAUGGUUGUCAAAAAUAUCCAUAAGUUUUCUAGACAAGUCCGAACUCUAAUUCUCAAUGGCACAUCAGCAUACUAUCCAUACAAUCAACCUUGUAGCACCAUGACGCAUACAUGCAAUAGAUAG